UCCUGGUGCCUGAUGCUCUUCCGGGACUCGUGCUGUUGUUGGGUCCGCGUCGAAAGGGCGGGAGUGUGUGUUCCAAUUCAGCCUUUCUUCACUCCAUCGCUGCAACUGCAGCUGCUUGCCACCAUUGUCGACCGUUUUUCGGGUCUCAUUUCUACCCAGUUCGAACAAUUGUCGAUAGCGUCGUCCUAGAGUUUGUUCGAUUGGUGUUGCGUUGUUAGGGUUAGUGGAAUACGGUGCUUUGCGGGAAGGGCAUAAUAGGAGACUUUUGUGGGUUUGAUUGAUUGAGAGUGUGGGGGUGGAGGUGGAGGUGGAGGUGAGGAAUUGAUGCAGGGCGGAGCAUCGUCGAGUGGCGGGGCUGUGUCUUUGGGUCAGCAGGUUAGACAGAUGGGAGCGCCCUCGGGAGGGGGUGGGAAUGGGGGUGGAGGAGGCGGAGGAGGCGGAGGAGGAGGAGGAGGGGGUGUGGGGACGCCUCCGACGGGUAGUGGAGGUGGGUCGAAUGCGAAGCGGGGCAGGGGGAGGCCCAUGGGAGCGAACAAUGCGGGUGGGAACACGUCGUCUGCGUUUAAGGUAGCGGAUGUGUCCCCCGCCGCGAGGCGGAAGAAGCAGAAAGUGGCGGACAAGCAGAUUCCUGAUAAGGUCGCUGCUCUGUUGCCCGAAUCUGCUAUUUACACCCAGCUCGUGGAGUUUGAGGCGCGCGUGGACGCGGCGCUGGCUAGGAAAAAGCUUGACAUUCAGGAGGUUGUGCGAUCGCCGCCCCCUGUGGAGCGCGUUUUGAGAAUGUAUGUUUUCAAUACGUAUGCUAAUCAGACUCCGAACCCUAAUUCUUCAUUUCAGCAGCAUUAUGUGGAGCCGCCGUCAUGGACGCUGAGGAUUAUGGGGCGUGUUCUGGAGGGCGAUGAUGUGGAGGCUAAUGGGAAUGGCUCGAAACCGGCGAACUCUUCGUUGCCGAAAUUCUCGUCGUUUUUCAAGAGGAUAACUAUUCAAUUGGACCCGGUGCAUUACCCGGAAAACAAUAUGAUUGUAUGGGAUAGUGCUAGGGCUUCCAAUCAUGUUGAGGGUUUUGAGAUUAAGAGGCGGGGAAAUGUCGACUGUGAUGUUAACAUAUGGUUGGAAAUGGAUCAUACCCCGGAAAGGUUUAAGUUGUCACCUGCUCUAGCUCAAGUACUUGGCGUCGAGGUGGAUACGCGGCCACAUGUUAUAGCUGCUGUGUGGCAAUAUAUCAAGACUAAGAAACUCCAGAAUCCAGUGGAUCCGACCAUGAUCAACUGCGACGAUGCAUUACAAAAAGUCUUUGAUGAUGAGAAGAUAAAAUUUGCGUCGAUAUCUGCAAGACUACACCAGCACAUGAAUCCACCACAACCCAUACAGUUGUACCACAGAAUCAAGGUGUCAGGGAGUAUGCCAGCGGGUAACGCGUGUUAUGAUGUGAACGUUAACAUACCGGCGCCUCUGCUUAAAGAAAUGAAUCAGUUUCUGACCAACAUUGAGAAGCACAGGGAUAUUGAUCUAUAUGACGACAUGAUAGCAAACACUAUACGGAAGAUUAACGAGCAUCGCCGGCGUCGAGCUUACUUUCUUGGGUUCAGUAAUUCUCCGGUGGAUUUUAUCAACGGUUUGAUUGCCUCUCAAAGCCGGGACCUUAAAAUGGUCGUUGGGCAGAAUAGUCGGAACGCGGAGAAGGAGCGAAGAUCCGAUUUUUACAAUCAGCCAUGGGUGGAAGAUGCAGUAAUUCGGUACUUGAAUCGACGACCGGCCAAGGGCUCGGAAGGUCCGGGGAACAAUUCAUGAGCACUUCAGGACUUCAUCCGCUCGACGAUCAUAUUCUCUUGCUGUAAAAUAGCGUGAGCAGGUGGACCAAUCUCAAGUUGAUCAGCACAUUAGAAAGUAUUUGACGGUGGGCGUUCUCGAACGUGAUACAUACCUCGUUACGUGCUUGUAUAAAUUUUUAGACAGGACGCAUUUCUAACGGGUUUCACAGUUGGUUUGUCAGAAAUUCUUGCGGAUUCUGGCACAGUUUAGUGCAUUAUGAAUUUUUCUCUAGGUAGUUGGAUGGAAUACUUGCCUUCCAUCAUUUUGCUGGCCAAGUUAGGAUGGCCUUUGUAGGAUAUCUAGUUCGCGUUCCACAGUACUUCAAAAUGCUAGUCGGUAUAGUUGUCAUUAUAUGUACAGAUUGUGUGAUUUUGGCACGAAUAGAUGAAGUCUCUGUGGAAGCAAUUUUGCCAUCUCCUAGCAACACUUGAUUCCAAGCUUGCAGGUAUAUGUUGGAAAUAAAAUACAAGUGGGUUGUAUUAGACUUACAUAUCACGAAUCCAAAUCAGGUGCUGGUGUGGAGGUGAUGUUCGAGGAUCGCUGAAAGGCGAAAGCAUUCGUAGAUGCUCAGCAAAUUGAGAAAGUAAUACGCGUGUUGUUUAUGGUACCCACUCUUGUCAAGUCUCUGUUCAGAAAGUAGUAACUUUUUCAUGUUUGUAAAACCAUCAGAUCUGAAAUAAAUCACCGUGUGAAGGACA